UAACGGCCAUCAGUUUGAAUUUGUAAAACAAAAACAGAAUUACCUGGAAAAACUCAGCAGGUCUGGCAGCAUCGGCGGAGAAGAAAAGAGUUGACGUUUCGAGUCCUCAUGACCCUUUGAAUUUGUUGUCGGCUAAACGCGCGCGACCGGGAACCGUCACCGAGAGACCUCCCCUCCCUCCAUCGGGAACCGUCACCAAGAGACCUCUCCUCCCCCCAUCGGGAACCAUCAGCGGGAGACCUCUCCUCCCUCCAUCGGGAACCGUCACCGAGGGACCUCUCCUCCCUCCAUCGGGAACCGUCAGCGGGAGACCUCCCCUCCCCCCAUCGGGAACCGUCACCGAGCGAUCCCACUUCCCCGCCACACGAGAGCCCUCACGAUGGAGAUUUACCUGCAGCAGCACCGGAAAUACUAUUACUACCAGGAACGCCUGGACACCUUUCAGAACUGGCCCUUUAAGAAUGACUGUAGGUGCACCCCGGAGAAUAUGGCUGCAGCAGGCUUUAUUCACACCCCAAGUGAGAAUGGUCCUGAUGUUGCUCAAUGCUUCUUUUGUUACAAAGAGCUGGAAGGAUGGGAACCUCAAGAUGAACCUUUAGUUGAACAUCAAAGCCAUUCCUCGAAGUGUGCUUUCAUCCUGUUGAAGAAAAAGUUUGAAGAUUUAACAACAGAAGAGUUUCUCAAACUGGACAAGGAAAGAGUAAAGAAUAUCAUGAAGAAACAAGUCUCUGAAAGAAUUCAGUCGUUUGAACAAGAGGCAAAAGUUGCAAGAAGCACAAUAGAAGACUUCGUUACUAAAGAUUGCUAGUGAUGUAGUAUAUUCUAUUACAAAGUGCUUUUCUUUUUUUAAAAAAAACCUGUAUGAAAAACUCGUGAGUUGAACAGCAUCCUCAAGUUGAGGAUUAUGGCUAUGUGUUAUACAGCAUACUUCUAAAAUUGUAAACUACUUGGAUGUGCUUUGUCCCAUUCUUUCCAUGUAAAAAGAUCUGACAGUGAUUUCUUAUUACUGAUCAAAAUUAUUUCGUAGAUGGGAGCUUGAUUUUCUUUUCCUAUCCUGGUCAAGCAUUGUGCCAUCGAUUAAAAGCAAGUAAUAGGAUCAGUAGAACCUUUAGGAGACUUAUUGCAGAAAUGUUGCAGAAGGAUAAGGAUUCAUUAUUGGGUGAUGCUUACCUCACUUUAUCACAUCUAUCUCCAGUUUACAUUAUAUCAUCACUUGCACUCUUGUACAAUGCAGAAUAUCUAUGGGAUAUUGAUCAAAGGUUUUUGAGUAUCUAUCAUUUUGUAGGAUAUAAUGUGGGUGGCUUGACUGUUUUGGACCUAAAUGGUCUAAUCUUUGUAAACAUACUGCAUAUAUAGUUUGGGUGGGUCUACUAUUGAAUUGUUAACUGAGCCAGUGAUUUUCAGCAUCCUUUACAGGCAGCUUGUGUGGAUGAGGAACAAGACACAAAUAUCACAAGCCUGUACUGUGGUUGGCAAAAGAAUGGAUUCGGGAGCAGUCAGUGCCUCUGAAGCAUUUGCAGGUGUAAUUGAUGGUGACUCAGUAUUGUUGUCAGAUUGCAACAGUUAAAGCACAGCCCUUGUCUCUACUUUCACCCCUGGACAACCUUGGCUGUAUGUCUGAUUCACAAAUUCAUUGACUUGCAAGUAGCAGCAAUUUAUUAUUUUGUUGCAGGUAGUUGAAGAAUCAACACCUUCAAAAACUUGGUGAUAUUGGUUAGCCCUGUGCUCUGUUCAUUAUUUCUUUUCCAAAAUAGUGAUUUGGUAACUCAUGGCACCAUACUAAAUAAUGGCAUAAUUAUUCUCAAUACAAUCACUCCUAUCCAUCUGUUUUAUGAAUAGGGAUUCAAACUUGAAAUAACACUGUUCUAUGUGCUGAGAUUGUAAAGAAGGCACUGAUUCCUAUAUUUCUGAAAUUAAAUAAAACAAUUGAAGACUCA